AUGAGCACAAGUCUAGGACACCUUGGCUACAUCAUUGGACUGUUAGAGUACGGUGUCACUGACAUUUGGUGGCUUCGAAUUUGGGCCGUCUGCGGUUGCAGUAUGGUGGUCCUCUUCCAAGUGUUGCAGCCCCGAUGUCAAUUUCUCUCAGCAGGUUGGUGUUUCGUCUAUGUGAUUGUGAACCUCUUCCAGUUGCACUGGGUAUCUCUCAGUGUCCCCGAGCCCAGAUUGAGCGAGGAAGAAGAGAAACUCUUCAAGCUCCUUGGGGACACAGUAACUCUGCGAGAGUUUGCUGAUCUGGCGGGCUUCGGUGAGUGGGAAACCUUCGGUCCUGGAGAGAGGCUCUCGGAAGAGGGCAAAGUGGUUGAGCCGGAGAAGGCCAAGCUGUACUUCAUUGCAGAGGGUCAGUGCCAGGUCUUUUCUGGUGGUCGUUUGGUUGCGAAGCUUUCUCCUGGCAGCUUCGUGGGCGAGGUCGGCUACUUAUUGCACGAGGGUCUACACUCACCUUCUGCUACGGUAACAGCAGCUUCCCCAGGCGUCCGCUGUUUGGCGAUACCUUUGCACGAGGCCCAGGGCAGCAUUGAAAUUCGGAUGCUGGGUCCAUCAUCGCCAGAUGUCUCUCGGUCAAUCGCCAGAUUCGAGUGCUGCUGA